UGAACUUUGCAUCUGGAGUAAAAUGGUUUGUCUUUAAAACCAUAUAAUCUUGAUAAACAGUCUGUAGGGAUAUUUGUUAAUGACAGAAAUUGUCAGAGAUACAAUAGUGGACAACAAACAAAUGUUUAUAUCAGUAAUGGCCUUAUAUAUACGAUUGAAUGUUUUGACUUUGCAGUCAAUUUUAGGAAAAGAACCGACUAACGUGUAUUUUACUUAACAUUUGUCUUAAACUCAAAGUAAAAACUUGCAGUAGUGUUAGUAAUUGGUAACAUAAUUUGAAAAUAAAAUAUUGUUACAGUAGCUAAAUAUUCCUUAAAAUGCUACAUUUCGCUGGAAUAAUUUCCUUGGGUACUUGGUACUUGUGUACUUUGACAACACACGCGUUACCAAAGUUGUCGCCACUUACAGGAGAUGUCGAACAAGUGACCGUAAAUGAGAUUACAAUUGGGAAAGUAAGGUUGACAAGGGAUGUGCAAGACUGUCAUUUCCCUUCUACGCUAAAUUUCACAUUCCGGGUAAAGGAUAAACAAAUUAUCCUUGAUUUAAAAAAGAAUAUUUACUUGUCGAGAAGAGUUCCAAUAUAUGUCACCUACAACGGGCGGUCAUACAAAGAAGAAAAAAACUCUUCCAGCGAAUUUGCUCUUUACCAAGAUAAGUUACAUGGUAGUGCGGUACUUGUAACCUGUCAAGAAGAUUUCACAUACAGACUACACGGUUCAUUCAACCAUAACGAUGUCCUUUACCACAUGAGUCAUUCGAACGUGCCAGAGCCUUCGCCAUAUCAUUUUAUCCAGCCAACUCACGAACCAAACAAAGACUUCAACGAUGAUACUGAAAUGGCACCUGAUGACGACUACAAUGUGAGAAGUCCACCCGUUUCCAGUUAUUUAAACGGCGGAACUUCAACCUCAAAAGGAAACGUUGUUGAACUCCUGUUUACAGUUGACAAGGCAUUACAUCAAAAAUUUUCAGAAAUAUAUGGAUCUGACGAGGCCAAUUCUGCGAUAGAAUUAUAUGCGGCACUGCUAGCAAAUGAGAUUGAUCUCCACUACAGCAGUGUAGAAAUGGUUGAUCCUAGCUUAAGCAUCAGAGUUUUCUUAACUGGUGUCGUCAUUCCAAAGGUUGGCUCAGAUGUAAGUUGGUCAUUAAAGACUCAGAGAUUAUAUAACGGUGUUACGUAUUUGGACAAGUUGUUGGUUCUCCCGAGUGUCAGGUCUUGGCUAAUUAAUGAAAAUAGUCUUCCUCAGCAUGAUCAUCUAAUGGCGUUAUCAACACUGGAUUUGGCAGACUUUGAGAAAAAUCCCAUUACCACAGGAGUUGAGGGACGUGCUUAUGUUGGAACCGUGUGUUCUCCCACAUCCAAAGUAUCAUUUUCUGAAGUGGAUGGAAAGAGAGUUUCACUGACAGCCGCUCACGAACUGGGACAUGGUUUAAGUGCUCGACAUGAUAGCCUUACUGAUUGUCAAGAUUCGACCAAAAACAUAAUGUCAGCUAUUCUGUCGUCGACCACAGACCUAACGUACUCUCGAGCCCAGUGGACUUUUUCUUCGUGCAGUGUGGCGGCGUUUAAAUCAUUUAUUCAACGUCUCAAACCUAAUUGCCUGAAAAAGCAUGCGUUUACAGAUUCAGAUUUUGAAGAGCUACAGGAAAAAUCUCUUCCGGGUACAGUCUACUCUUUGACCCAGCAAUGCCAGAUGUACAACGGAAUCUGGUCGACAUCUUGCGAUAGUACAAUAAAAGAAGAGAAUUGUUACAAUGGCUAUCAUUGUUCCACAAGUUCUAUUCUACCUGUCGGAUGUGAAGAACCUUAUUACCCACUUUACCCAUUGGCCGGGACACCAUGCGGUGCUGUAGAGGAUAAUAAGUGGUGUUUUCGAGGUCGCUGUGUUGAGAAAACCACAACAACCUGUAACGAAAGUAAGAAAUGUUGUGUAAAAACUGGCAAGAAAAGGAAAUGCUGCAAGGGUAAAAAAUGUUGCGAAAUGAGAGAAGCGGCCGAUACUCAAUGUUACAAGUCAUGUUGUCCAAUGACGCCUUGUUUUCAACGCAAAUGUUGUGCAAAAAUAAAAGUUAAUGGAAGUUUUAAGAGGGUUUGUUGCAAAAAAGCUAAAUGUUGUAAAAAGGCUUGGGGCAAGGAAACUAAAUGUUGUUUGACAUGUAAAAAGUAAAUUUCGAUUUCCGAUCAAAGCACAUCUGCAUGUU